AUGCGCAUCAGCAGCCGGUCGUUGAACGGCGGUCGCGGCCGCGUUCUGCUGCGGCUUGUGCUUGCGCUGCUCCUGCAGCUGCACGCUUGCGCUGCCGGCUUGCAGCAGAACGCCGCGCCGACGACCGCGGCCACCGAGGACGUGGCCGCGGCCGCACCGGUGGUGCACAAGUGUUGCGGCCGCGACGAGAUCGUCGUCGUCAACCGGUGCCGGAGCGCCAACGAAACCGGCUCCACGCCCUGGACGCCCGAGUUCAGCGCCAGCCACGAAGACGAACCCGUCGCCGGACAGAACAGUUUGCCGGAAUCGUCCGUGCCUUACAAAUUAGCUACUGGAUUUCCAAAUUGUAAGACGCGACAACAAUGGUUGGUGUACCAUUACCGUGGAUCCGGCGAUCGUCUGGUGUUGUAUCCGAACGGAAAACUCAGACACUACGUCCUCAAACACCAGCACGGCAGCAGCGAAGAACAGCAACAGAACCGUGACUUCAUCGUGGAUCAUGAACGUUCCUUCGACUAUGAACAAGGAUUUUACUGUUUGGACAAAGUCAUCGACAUCGAUCGUCCGGACAUGAACGCACAAGUGGCGGUCAUCUGUACACCACAGAUACCGUCACCCUGGACAGACGCCGAUUUCGUCAUGCGAAGGAUCGUGAAUCCUGCUUGCCACGCCAUCGCGGUGGCCUGCCUGCUGCUCGUCGCCGUCGUCCAUUUCGUGUUGCCACAGCUCAGAGACUUGAUCGGAAAUAUGGUGACAACUCUAGCUGGCUGUAUGAUCAUAGCUCGGAUCGCCAACAUUGUCCGCAUAUUCGUCGAGUACAACGGUCCCGUCAGCUAUUUGACAGCCGACGCAUUUCUUUACACGUCCACUCUCGGCUCGUUCUUUUGGCUGAACGCUAUGGGAUACUACAUUUGGCGUACGUUCAAAUCACGUAACGUUUUCUUGCGCAUUACCGACGGACGCAAAUACUGUUAUUACUCGCUGUACGUGUGGGGUUGCACGUUAACCAUGGGCGGCAUGGCGCUUUUCGCACAUCUAAUAUUGGACUCACGUGACAGCAACUCUAAUAGAACCUAUUCGUCUCAUCCGUCUACCACCACGUCGAUAGAAGGAGCCAUAGGGUGGCUCGGAAUUUCCGUCAUAUUCGUCCCGGUUAUAUGCACGAUUCUAGUCAAUUUGUUCUUUUACGUUUCCACUAAGACAGUGAUCAAACGGAUGUCAACAUACGGUCAAAUCCAUCACAAAAUGAAAUAUAGUUUUGACAUGUUUUCCAAACUGUUCGUGAUCAUGGUGGUCGACCUGACGCUGUUCAUCCUGUCGUGGACCCAACACGAUUCGCUGUUCUACGUGCACGUCGUCUUCAAUCCCAUACAAGCGGCGCUGGUAUUGUACGUGACCGUCAUCCGACCGAAACGAGUUAAGUUUCUGCUGCGCAAAGCCUGCUGCUACGAGAGAUGCAUUUUGCCGUGUUGCCGACCAAAGGAAACGGACGUACAAGCUGGCACCGAAUGGGGAGAGGAAAUGAUGGCGUUCAAUACCGCCGACUAUUAGCG